GGAGGUCUUGAGUACCUGCAAGCUCUAAGAUAAGACCAAGUCAGCCUGGUAGCACCACUCAGCCAGUCCCAUUCAGAAAGACCAGACAGCAGAGGACAGCCGUUGCCAACUUCAGCUGCAGAUGCCAGCAAGGAAAGCAUGACCAGGCAGGAAAGAGAGAUCCCAAGCAGGGAUCCCAGUUCCCCUCACUCCACCACCACGGGAUGACUCCAUCACCCAGAGAAUUAGGGACUUGAAGAGUAAUGCAACAGAAGGCUUUUGAGGAAAGCAGAUACCCCUGGCAGGAGUCCUUCGAGAAUGUUGCUGUGUGCCUGCCAUUCCGCUGCCCAAGGUGUGGAGACCAUACCAGAUUUAGAAGUCUGUCCUCGUUGAGGGCCCAUCUGGAAUUCAGUCACAGCUACCAGGAAAGAACCCUCUUGACCAAAUGCAGCCUCUUUCCAUCCUUCAAAGACACAGACCUAGUCACUUCCUCAGAACCCCUGAAGCAGGGAAAACUGCAGGGCACCGGCCACGUGGUGAAGCAGAAACCCAGCUAUGUGAACUUGUACAGCAUCUCGCACGAACACUCCAAAGACAGGAAGCCAUUCGAGGUGGUGGCCGAGCGGCCGGUGUCCUACGUGCAGACCUACACGGCGCUGGACCUGCGUGCAGACUCGCUGGAGGGGCCGCGCUCCAGUCCCGGACUGCCCACCCCGGACACCAAAGCCGCUUUCGAGGCUCAUGUCCGAGAAAAAUUCAACCGGAUGGUCGAGGCCGUGGACAGGACCAUCGAGAAGAGAAUCGAUAAGCUCACCAAAGAGUUGGCCCAGAAAACUGCCGAACUGUUGGAAGUUCGGGCGGCCUUUGUGCAGCUAACGCAGAAAAAGCAGGAGGUGCAGAGGAGAGAGCGGGUCCUGAACCGCCAGGUGGACGUGGCGGUGGAGAUGAUCGCUGCGCUCAGGCAGCGCCUGACCGAGUCCGAGGAGGAGCUGCUGCGGAAGGAGGAAGAAGUCGUUACAUUCAACCAUUUCUUGGAAGCAGCAGCUGAGAAGGAGGUUCAAGGGAAAGCUCGGCUCCAGGACUUUAUUGAGAAUCUGUUGCAGCGGGUAGAGCUGGCGGAAAAGCAGUUAGAGUACUAUCAAACCCAGCAGGCCACUGGCCUCUGCCGAGGCAUCAGCGAGCACGUGCUUACAGAUAUCUCCUCAAAUAGGAAACCCAAAUGUCUAAGUAGAGGGCACCCACAUCCUGCAUGUAACCACGCUGAUCUCAAGACCCACUUCCAUCCAAAAGGAAGGAGCUACCUGAGAAAAGCCAAGGAUGACAGAGCCAGCAUGCAGCCUGCUAAAUCCAUUCAUGAACAGGCUGAGUCCCCAAGAGAACUCUGCAGACCGUCGAAGAAAGGGGAGCCUCUGGGGUUUAGCCGGAAGGGCAACAUCAGGCCCAAAAUGGCCAAAAAAAAGCCAACAGCAAUUGUGAACAUCAUCUGAAAGAGUCAUCGGCGGGCUUUGCAGAACGUUGCUCUGGGGGCCAACGGUAAUGCCUUUUGGGGUACAUCCCACAAUGAGACACAUUAGAAAAAAGAAGGGCAGAACACGUUUAUUUCGUGGCCGAACAGGCACCUGGAUUAACCAGAAUUUAACAAAUGGGAAUCUUGGGGAACCAGAAAUUUAUUACAGGCUCCUUUUAGAACCAAGAGGCAGGUUACAGAAAGAAUUGGAAAAAACAA